CUGGAGUGGGAUUCGUUUAGGUGACCAUAGCUGCCGAUACCACUUCCACCCUUCCUCCUCGUAUUCUUCUCCUCAUCGUCAAGUCCAUCCGAACUUAACUUCGGCUCACAAACACUGUUUCUCUCCCAUCACCAGCCUCCUCGAUUUCCUACCCAAAGGUUCGAUACUUGACGUGUCGACUACUUCGUCUUUCGUUUGGUGGUCGUCCUUCAACCAGUCUUUCCAUACUUCUUAUUGUCAAAUCACACCACACAAUGACCAAGCUGCAAAAGCAGCCUCCGCCGGCCUAUCCAGGCCGACCAACCUCCACGUCCACCGCCUAUCUGCAGCAUGCUGUACCAUAUGAAAGUCUGCCGCAAGCGACGCAACAACCCGUGCCUGUAAUGAGUGCUGUGACACCUGGUUCCUACUCCGAUCUUCCAUCCACCAACCCCUUCUCGUCCAAUUUCGCUCCUCAACCAGCAUCGACCGCUGACCAACCGUCCCCGUUUUCUCCCGUAUCGCCUCUCGUCGAGACCGAGCCCAUUCAACGGCGAUCGCAGGCACCGGUCGUUGCGCCUAUCCCUCACAGACCAGACGCGAACCAAAGAAGAUCAAGAGAUCUACGACGUCUUGAUGGAAACCCAUACCCAGGAUCCCAUCCCACGGAGAAGUCUGCAAAGUCGGUCAGGGUAGCCAAGGACAUGCACAAUGGAGCUCUACCACCCACGUACAAGCGGCAAGCGUCCGAUCCCAUCCAGUCCCCAGACAUCUCGCAGGCAUCGACAAACUCUCCGGAAUGCGAAACGUGCGGAAAGAAACGCGCUGAAGGGCAAGACUGCGGUCAAUGUGGGAAGCGCAAGGCCAGUGCACCAACAGCAGUCACUACGACACCACCUGCAAGCCAUCACACGCGCACAGCAUCAGAGGGGAUGAGCUCUCACCGAUCACGAAUCUCAGAAAGCACGACUGCAGGACCAUCAAGUUCGCCUGGCUCCUCUCCAGGCGGACGAGUAGUAUGCUGCAACAAAUGCGGCCGCCACAAGCGUCCACAAUCCAUUGACCAAGGCCGACCCAGUCACGUCCACACCGUCACCGAGCCCAUGCCCAUGGCAAGCCAUCCCGCCAUGCGAAUCCACCAGGCCGGUCUCUCGAUCCGCCCAGACGUAGCCGCCCAGCGAAAUUCCGUCUACCCCCAAAUCGACGUGAUUCCACCGUCGACCACGACAUACAAGCCCACACUCCAGUCUCCGUUCUCGAACUACGGCGAUGAGUCUCCUCUUGUCGAGAGAGCCGUCAGGCAGGAGAUCAAGCCAGUCCGCCAUUCGUCCCUUAUCCGCUCCUUAUCCCGCAGAUUGAGCAGAAAGGACAAGAACAAGGCCCCUCCAGCACAGGCGCCUUUGCCGAGCCAGCAACUCGCCAACGACGAGAACCAAUCCGGCGAGCAGAGUGCAGGACGACUGAUCAAUAUGAUCAGCGCUGCGAUGCAAGGGCCCCCAGCUGAUCGCGACACGAACUAUUCCCAGCUUAAUGUAAGCAAACAGCCCGAUCGUCCAACCACGCCAUUUUCUUUCGUUGGCGGAAGAGACGAACAAGACGCGUUUGAGAUGGUCGACAUGCGUGAGCGCGGAUCCAUCUCUGACAACGAUAGCUGGAAGGAGGGUGCGGAGGGAAUUUCUAUCACAAGAUCUGAGGGUGAUGCCAUCCGGCAAGAUACUAUCGACGUUAUUCCCCGGCCCAAGUCGGCGGGUCCGUCCAGCCAGCAUCUGUCAAUUCCAGAUGCGGAUAGACCUCAAAUCACGAGAUUCAAGAGCUUGAGGAGUGGUGUGUCGCGGAUGAACAGUAACAUCAGCAGAUCGUCGAGCUUGAAGAGGUUGGGCAGUUUGAAGACAGCGCACCGUGCGUGGUAUAGGGACGAUAUGGCGAUUGAAGGCGCGAUGGGAGAGCAUGCGGUUCCUGCUUAUUAAAAGUAUAGGAUUGUAUUUAAUGUUUAAUCAAGGUGGUGAAGGGUUUAUGACUGGCUUUAGAUGAUACCAUUUCCAUUUCGAAUUUAUGUCUUUUCCAUGCCUCUACUCAUCCUUCGAUACC